CAGUGCUAUUAUCUAUAUAUAACAACACAGCAUUACUCAUCAUUAGUUUAGCCCUUCUCUACAUCUCUUCUCUCUCUCUUAAAGGAGAAUAAUAAUGGGUUUUGGUUGUUAUAAUUAAAUGGUUUCAAUAUUAGGGUUUCAUAUUGGUUAAUAUAUAUAUACAUAGUGUUUUGAUUGAGAAGUGAGUAAGUAUAGUAAGAUGGCUUUAGAAGCUUUACCUAAUAAUUCAAAUGAGCUUUUCAACUUCGUUAUGAUCUAUGAUACUAUCUCAGCAACUCCAAUCAAUAAUAAUAAUACCUAUCAAAUCUCUUCACCCACAACCACAACAACAACAACAACAAAUUCUACUACUAAUAAUUGGUUACCACCACCUCCUCCUCCUUCUCAAGGCAUUAUUAGUACUAAUACUAGUAGUUUGUUGGUGACCCGAAAUUGCGAAAAGGCGAUAGAAGAAGAAGAUGAUGAUGAUGGUGAUGGUGAUAAUAAGGAAUUAGGGCAAGGGCAAGGGCAUAAUAAUGGGGAUAGAAUGAUGAUGAUGAUGAUGAGGACGAGGGCGAGGAGGCGGUUUCAAGAGCAAGAGCAGGAGCAAGAGCAAGAGCGGCGUAAUAAUAAUUUGGGAGGAGUUGUUAGGAAGAAGAGAAAGAGAAAGCCAAGGGUUUGUAAGAACAAAGAAGAAGCUGAGACUCAAAGGAUGACUCACAUUGCUGUUGAGAGAAAUCGAAGGAAACAAAUGAAUGAACAUCUUGCUGUUUUGCGUUCCCUAAUGCCUGAUUCUUAUGUCCAAAGGGGUGAUCAAGCUUCAAUAGUAGGUGGUGCUAUAGAAUUUGUAAAAGAACUUGAACAUCUUUUACAAUCACUUGAAGCUCAGAAGCUCCAAGCAAUGAACACUAAUACCAAUAACAACAACAACAACAACAAUAGUGGAGAAGAACCAAUGGUGGAUAAUGCUAAUGCUAAUGAUAAAGAUAAUGAUAAUGAUAAUGAUGAUGAUCAUCAUGAUGAUAAAGAUGAUGAGAUGGUAGCUCAUCAUCAUCAUCAUCAUCAACGUGCAGCUCCUUUUGCACAAUUCUUUGUAUAUCCUCAGUACACAUGGUCUCAAAUCUCAAACAAGUACACUUCAAAAACUAAGGCAGCCAUAGCUGAUAUUGAGGUAACCUUGAUUGAAACUCAUGCAAGCCUUCGAAUUUUCACUCGUCGAAGCCCUAGACAGCUCUCUAACCUCAUUGCCGGAUUCCAAUCUCUUCAUCUCACUGUUCUCCACCUCAAUCUCACCACUCUCAAUCCCUUUGUGCUCUACUCUCUCAGUCUCAAGGUUGAAGAAGGUUGUCUACUGAGUUCAGUAGAUGAUAUAGCAGCAGCAGUUCACCACAUGCUUACAAUAAUAAUUGAAGAAGAAACUACUAUGCCUAUGUGUUGUUAAUCCAAUAUAUAUUCAUAUAUAAAAUCAUCAUCAUCAUCUUCUUCUUCUUCUUCAUCUUCUUGUGUAAAUAAAUGCCCUUAGAUCAAUGUUGAAAUUACCAUAAUGCCAUUCAAUAUCUUUUUGUUGUAGUUUCUUUCUUUCUUCACUCAUUCAAUAAUUUGUUGUAAAGAUUCUCUUGUUAAUUAUUAUUAUUAUUUUUUUUUUGUGUC